AUAUGUUCUAUGUUUGUGCAGCAAUUUCUUCAUGGCCCGCCACCUGGAGGAGAAAGACAUCCGGAACAAGGAGAAGCAAGAGAGCCAUUUUUCCAGUGAGGCUGAGGUGGCACUUCCUUCCCCACCACCUGACCAGACUAAAGACAAGAAGAGUGUUGAUAGAGGUAAAAAGAGCAACACUGCAGAGAAGCCAUUUCCUUCAACAGAGCCACCGGAACCAGUUCUGCCUGGGAGCUUGGCCAUUGGCUCUGUGUCUCUGGCUGUGGCCAAAACUGGGGCACAAAUAUACAGUAUCCCUCUCUACAAGUACAUAGCAGCUCUGAACAGAAAGGCUCCUACACAAUUCCACAUACCUGUCCCCUUGGUAACUUUGCUAAGCUGUGGGAAGAAUUCUCCUGGAAAACUGAAUUUACUGGAAGAAGUCAUCCUGAUCCCCAAAGUGGGACAACGAGUCAGACAAAUCAUCACAAUGACCCUUGAGUUACAGAAGGAGAUAAUGAGAAUAAUGAACACUUCAACAAAAGCUGGAGCCACCCAGGCAAUUCUGUGUGACAGUGGAGCGCCGGCUGUGAGCUACGAGCGACCUGAGCAGCCUCUGGACCUGAUCACUGAAGCCUGCACUAACUUUGGACUGACAGUGGGAACAGAGAUCUAUUUAGCUGUAAACUGUGCUGCCCCUGAGCUAAUGGACUUUUCUAAAGGAAAGUAUGAGGUUGCAACAGGAGUUUUGAAGUCGCCAGAUGAAUUAGUGGAUAUGUACCAAGCCCUCAUCAGCAAAUACCCAGCAGUGGUGGCCUUAAUUGAUCCAUUUAGGAGAGAGGACAUAGACCAGUGGGAGAAGCUGAGCAAUGUUCUUGGAGACUCAUGUUCACUACUCUCUGACACCACCUACAAGUCGAAGACCCCGCCCCUUCCGGGAGCCAGAGGUCACAUCUUAAAACACAUCCAUGAGACAACAGUCAGUGAUUUGAUCCGCAUCACAUCAGAGCACCAAGGUAACAGAUCCACUGAGGUGGGAUAGAGAAAAAGAACCAGG